UAGUUCCUCGACAGCUCUUCGAGAAACAAUCAGCGGAAGGCUGAAAAAGGACCCGCCCUUGCUAAUAUCACGCCCAGAUGAAACUAUUGCUGCUACCUUGGUCAACGACGUUGGCCGAUCACAUCCGCCCCUUGUGUAAAAAGUUGAUGUUUCCAACGCUCACGUUACACGGCUGUUGACGCAUUGUCUAUAGGGUAUUAUACCUAGUCUCCAGGACAGAGCGCAGAGACGACGUCGUGUACCAACACCUGUACGUCAAACGCUUCGGGAUGCGUCACCGAACUCGGCAAGUCCAUCGUGCCAUGUGCUACAGGCACACGUUACGUGCGACCGGGUCUGCGAAGCUGAGGAGACAGCGAUGCACUAUUAUGCCCAUGUCAUCCAUUCACCCGUCUAGUAGCGAGAGGAGAAAACAACCAUGAUGCCGAGAAGUCCUGUUCGGCUUCCUUCUCGCCUAAAGCGGCCCUGUCGAAAUCCCCAAAUCGGGGUUAACCGUCUCUGUCGUUCGAAACGCCGAUGUAGUUACGCGCACACGCCGAAGGAUUCCUCGUCUCGACCGUGUGAUUCGGGUGCUAUCGAAUCGAAAGAGCACAAGAGCAUGGCCAUUGCUAGGGCCUUACCUUGCCCGUCCGCUCCCCAUGUCGUGGACGAAAUUAGCAGGCCAGCGAAUCCUCCAGCUUACUUACGCCUUAGUGGUUUCAAGUCCCAACGUCCCCUCGUGGUGCUGUUCGACACAGGCACGCGGAAUUUGCCAUUAUACACGGCAUUCAUCCACUCAUCCAUCCGCCCAGUCGCAAAUCCCUCCAUCCAUACUGAUGGGUCCCGCUUCGGUCUGCCCUGUGGAACGACAAAGCCAGACACAAGCCUGAGAAUAGAGCCUCGGCUAAGAAGAAAAAUUAAAAAUAAAAACACACAGGGCAGAGCGGGACCGAGAUGGACACGACAUGAAUCCUCGACAGCAGCUUCCAAGCAAAGAAUAGAUCAACGCCUACACGGCAUAUCCGGAUCAAGUGGCAUUUCGUCUCCAAGAGGUCGAAGGCCGAUCGUAAUUGAGAAGGGCUCGAAUGCCUGCUCCCCGGCAGGCUGUGACGGGCUGCGGGCCUGCAUCUCAACUAGAACCCCCUCCCUCCCUCCUGGUGUAUGUAGGCAUGUACCUGCCUCGUUGGAGUAGUUGUCAUGCACUCAUUUGCAAUAACUAUGGCAGCCA